UAUAAAAAGUCCGUGAGGAACAAGGGAACUCGCCAUCACGAAACUUGAACCCCUCAUACGUCACUAUUUAGUUCUUUUACUCUCCAGUUUAACGCCAGCGAUGCUCGCACGGUACAUAGGGGACUAGAAACCGGCGAUGUUUCCCCUCGUAACUAUCUUAUUUCCCCCUAGCAGUCAUUCUGGUUAUUUAUCGGCCCCGCAGGUCAGCCAGAGGUCUUAACUAACGCUGACAUGGCUGAGCGGCCAGCAGCCGGAGGACCGUCCUCCGCCAGCCCACCGGGGUUUGAAGGCUUUCCCUUCCCGGUAGCCAGCGUACCUCAACAGGACAGCUCCGAGAAAGGUGGGGGGACCAAAAAGAAACCGUGCAGAGCCUGUACGGACUUUAAGUCCUGGAUGAAGCUGCAGAAGCAGCAGACCACAGCAGCAGCGACACAGGAGAGGCAUGGUCCAGAGAGCGAGCAGUCGGACCCUCAGUGUCCACUGGACAGAGAGGAGUUGGGACGUAGCACUUGGUCGUUUCUGCACACGAUGGCUGCCUAUUAUCCCGAUCGUCCAUCUUCCGCCCAGCAACAGGACAUGGGACAGUUGAUCAACCUGUUCUCCAAGUUCUACCCGUGUGAAGAGUGCGCAGAAGAUCUCAGGGGCAGACUGAGGACCAAUCACCCGGACACCAGCAGCCGCCACGCUCUCUCCCAGUGGCUCUGCCGCCUUCAUAACGAAGUCAACGUGCGGCUGGGGAAGCCCGAGUUCAACUGCUCGCUUGUGGACGAGAGGUGGAGGGACGGCUGGAAGGACGGCUCCUGUGACUGAGGCAACCUGGGCGAGGGAAGGCCCCUACUGACAAACCUCAUUUAUUAUGGAUGUUAAUAUGAAUAAGAAUGAAUGAUAUGUUUGAAAAAUGUGGUGUUUGGUGAGUCGUUUUUGUGACAAAGUGUAAUUAUAAAAUAAACUCUGUAAUGCAUA